AUGAGAUUUAAAUCCAGCGGCAUCCUUCGAGGACCUAUGGAUUCGCGAGGCAGUGAGCAGCCUGGUGAUCUGUCCCCCGAGUCCCGAACGGACGUUGUGGGACGAUGGUGGAUUCUCUUUGUGACCGGACAUCGACCAGUCACUUUGUCAAUGUACGUUGAUGUCAUGUCUAGACACGAACGAUGCCUGUCGCGCUGUGUCCUCCUUGCCUCCGAGGGAAAGGGAAAGAAAGAAAAAGGCUUCAUCCUUACAAACGAACACUGGGUCCGGAUGCCGCCCGCUGGUGGCCGCGGAGGGCUGGGCUCCAAGAGAACUGCUUUCUUUGGACCGGCAGAUGAGCGUCCGGCAUACCUUGGAGGAGCAGCAAGAUUGCUGAAACAGAGAGAUGACAGAUUCCUCAGCACCCCGUCGACAUCAUCCCCCGAUCCAGGAUUUGCUGCACAAGCCGAUGGUUGCAUAGUCCGCCAGUUCCUAGUCUGCCAGUUCCUAAUCUUUGCUCGUACUCGGCGAUGCUAUCGAAAUUUCUCCGCUCUCUUCCACUAG